UCCGGGGAGACCAGAUAUAGUGAAUGCAGGGUCCGAGGAGACCGGAUAUAGUGAAUGCAGGGUCUGGGGAGACCGGAUAUAGUGAAUGCAGGGUCCGGGGAGACCGGAUAUAGUGAAUGCAGGGUCUGGGGAGACCGGAUAUAGUGAAUGCAGGGUCCUGGGAGACCGGAUAUAGUGAAUGCAGGGUCUGGGGGAGAACGGAUAUAGUGAAUGCAGGGUCUGGGGAGAUCAGAUAUAGUGAAUGCAGGGUCCGGGGAGACCGGAUAUAGUGAAUGCAGGGGUCCGGGGAGAGCAGAUAUAGUGAAUGCAGGGUCCGGGGAGACCAGAUAUAGUGAAUGCAGGGUCCGGGGAGACCAGAUAUAGUGAAUGCA